CUAUCGCAGUUGACUUUCUGCUAGCUCACAAGGAAUGUACCCUGUGAAGUAAACAGUGUUUAUAAUAAUUAGUUGGCAAUUUUCACGAGGUGCACACACACUUCUUAACACCGUUUAACUCUCUGACUUUAGCGCGCGUAAAGCCGGAUUUCUCGUUGCUAGAUUUCUGUACCAGUUAGCGUUAGAAAACAAAGCUAAGGUUACUUUUCAAGGAUGCAGGUGCAGAGGGUCGUCCUCAACUCAAGACCAGGUAAUAAUGGAGCGCCGGUUGCUGAAAACUUCCGUCUUGAGGAGACGACUUUGUCACGUGACCUCAAAGAUGGGGAGGUCCUUGUUCGGACGCUUUGCUUAUCAGUCGACCCUUACAUGCGAUGCAGAAUGAAUGAAGACACCGGUGUUGACUAUGUGACCCCAUGGCAACUCUGUGAGUGUGUGGACGGCGGAGGGGUCGGCGUGGUUGAGUCCAGCCGCUGCAGCCCUUGCAGUGAGGGAGAUGUGGUCACUUCAUUCAACUGGCCUUGGCAGACCUAUGCUGUCAUGAACGGAAGUGCCCUGCAGAAGGUUGAUCCAAAAUUGGUUGAUGGACGCGUGUCUUACUUUUUGGGUGCAGUUGGCAUUACAGGCCUCACUGCUCUGUUGGGCGUGAGGGAGAAGGGUAAUGUGACCAAAGGGGCCGAUCAGACCAUGGUGGUGAGCGGCGCUGCUGGGGCCUGUGGCUCCAUAGCUGGACAGAUCGGCAGGCUGGAUGGCUGUGUGAGAGUGGUUGGGAUUUGUGGUUCUGAUGAGAAAUGCAGAGCUUUAGUGGAUGACCUGGGCUUUUCAUCUGCCAUCAACUACCGGCGGGAGGACGUCCCUGCAAGACUGACUGAAUGCUGCCCUGACGGGAUCGAUGUUUACUUUGACAACGUGGGAGGGGCCAUCAGUGAUGCUGUAAUCACACAGAUGAACAGCGGCAGCCACGUGAUCCUUUGUGGGCAGAUCUCACAGUACAACAAGGACGUGCCGUAUCCCCCGCCGCUGAGCGAGGAGAUAAAGGAAACACUGCGAAGGAAGAACAUCACACGGGAGCGAUUUACGGUGCUCAACUACAUGAACAAAGCUGAAGCUGCCCUCUGUGAACUCAGCCAGCGAGUUCAAUCAGGCCAAAUCAAAGUGCUGGAAACUGUGGUGAAUGGGAUCGAAAAUAUGGGAGAUGCAUUUUGCUCUAUGAUGACAGGGGGAAACAUUGGCAAGCAAAUUAUAAAGAUAUCAGAGUGAGGAAAAUCAUCUGCUCUCACCUGGCCGACGCCUUGGGAAAUUAACCGACAGUUUCUAUCACCGCCAUUAACACUAACUUAAUCAGCUCAUAUGAGUUGUUGCAUUAAUUAGGACGCAAUGUUCUCUGAAAUUGUCUCCUUGUGAAAAAUAAAUGUAAAGAGUGCUUGGAGGCUA